GUUGAAGAACUAGAACACAGCAUCAGUGUGAAAAUAGCUAAAGAAGCUGUGAUGAGUAUUAACAGCCCAGGAACUCUUUUUAAACAGUCACAAGGUUUCUUGGAAACUAAGGUGUACAUUGCAGGAUUACCUCGCAAAGUGGGCAAUUCUCUUGUAAAACAGAUUAAUCCUCGGCUAGAUGGUUGUAUUCGUGCCUGGAACCUGAUGAAUCAGGGACAUUCAGGUGUAAAAGAAGUUAUUCAAGAAAAACAAAGCAAACACUGUUUAGUAGCAGUGGGGAGAGGAUCCUUCUACCCUGGCACUGGAAUGGCAGUAUUUCAGAUAAACUAUAAUAAUCCUGACAGUGCUGAAGACUGGCUAAUAAAUGUGACUAUGACUAUUCGCCCAUCUACAGACACUGGUGUCAUGUUUGCCUUGGUUUCUAACGAAACAGUGCCUCUUGCAUUGUCCAUAGUGGACUCUAACUCCUCUGACUCACAGAAAAUCAUUGUGACUCUUGGAAAAAAUUCUGUUGCACAUCUGGAAUCAAAGAAGUUAUGUACACCCAGAAAAGUGCAGGUUGGACUUCUAGUAACCAAACAGCAACUUGAGCUGUCUGUGGAUUCACAGACAGACAGAAGCAAUUCAGAGCACUUGUCUAUCCUGCAUCAAGCAAUGAUGGGAAGUGUUGUCACCUACUUGGGAGGCGUGCCAGGUGUUCCUCUGGGUGCUACACCAGUAACUGCUUUUUAUAAUGGCUGCAUGGAGGUGAAGGUCAACAACAGACAGCUGGAUCUGGAUGAAGCCAUUUCUAAACACAACGACAUCAGAUCUCACUCAUGCCCACUGAUUAUGCAGUAG